GGUGAAGCAGUGGGCGACAGAUGUGGGCGGUGGAGAUUGCAACAGCCAUGAUGACAGCAAAGGCCGCCUCAAAGCACAGCCGUUCUGCACCUGAUGUCGUCUUGACUGAAGCGGAUCAUGGAAACAAAGGCGAAGGGGAAGGGGGGCAAGAAACGACGGUGGUUAUGGAUGCACGUUUAUUUUGGGAUGAAUGCACAUGCAAUGUGAUGGACAGCUGCAAUGUCUUGUUUUGUGGAGGUGCCUUUUUUUAGGGCUGAAGGCGUGUUCUUAUCACAUGGUGGAUUGAGACGGCUUGGCUUAUAAGCAAAUCCGUAUCAAGACGCUGUUCAUCAUGUGAUAAGAACACGCCUUCCUAGUUAGGAUUGGAGGCGUGUCCAUAUGGCGCGAUGGACAUUAUGAAAAGGCUUAAUUUUGGACUGAAAGGGGCCUUCAUAUCACGUGAUGUAUAUGUUUCAUUUUAUGGAGACGGCUUCUUUUUGGACUGAAAGGGGCCUUCAUAUCACGUGAUAUAUAUGUUUCAUUUUAUGGAGACGGCUUCUUUUUGGACUGAAAGGGCCCUUCAUAUCACGUGAUAUAUAUGUUUCAUUUUAUGGAGACGGCUUCUUUUUGGACUGAAAGGGCCCUUCAUAUCACGUGAUGGACAUGGGCUCGUUUUAUGGAGACCACCUUCAUUUUGGACAGAAGGGGUAUUCAAAGCGUAAGGGACGUUCAUUCUGAGCUACCUUCAUUAUGUAAUGAAGUGGUCCUC